AUGGAUAAGCAAGAGUACCGUAAACAUACGAGCAACCCCUAUUUCUGGAGUUGUACCAGCGGAGGGUUGGACAUGGUUGAUACAGGUAGUGAUGAAGAGCGUGAUACACCAAGAAGAUUUUCGAAAAGAUCGUCAGCAGAGUAUAUGAGAGCUACGAGUUCACCCGGUAGUGGUUUAGGGCAGGAAGCUUCUUCACCAGAGACCCCUUCGCCGCCCAGACAUGGAAGAAGAUCCUCGACGUCUUUGGGUUUCUUUGCUUCACCUUUACAUCGAGCGGAGGGGCCUGCUUCGAGAAUGAGUCAGUCAGGGAUGCAUGAAAAUGCUUUCUUAGUUCCACAAUCUCCCAGCGUUAAAUCUAGAUUACUUCCUCCAACAACUCCAAAAUCGAGAAACGCAGAGAUUUUCCUAUCACCUUCACCAAAUUUGAAGUCACCAGGUACUUAUAAGGACAAUGGGAAACCGAUUCGCGAGAUUUCGAACGGUCUUAAGGCGAGGUUAAAUUAUGCGAUGGUAAAGUUGCAAAACGGAUGGGUGGAUAAGACGCUUCCUGAACUUGACAGUGAGCUCAGUUCCGGUGCUAAGAGACAUAAGAACGAUGAAGAUGAUGAAAAUGGCGAUUUUGAUUCUGGACAGAUUGAACUUGCUCGAGAGACUAUACUUAAAGGAUCAUCGUAUAACAACGAAUUUAUUACUGAUUCUGAAGAAACAGCAGAUGAAGCCGGUAGUUCAGCCGUAGAAGAAAGCGAUACUGUCAACUCAGCCCAUUUAGCGUUCUUAAAGGCGCUGUCGAGUCCCAAGAAGAAAAUGAAACAGGAGGCACCACCCCGUUCUCCUUUACAGUGGUCCAAGCCAAAGAAGAUCGUGACUGAAAAGGGCAAAGAUCAACCGUCUGAAGUGGAAGCAAUAGAGACACUCAUGUCACUAUCCUCGCCGCAAAGACCUCGUUCGUCAACCCGAGAUUUCUCACUCCCGAUACCGCCAAAAGUGCCCAAUGUGCGCGGAUCAAUGUCAUCCACAUCGUCAUCAUCACGCUCAUCGGUCAGCUCACAACAACCUCCACUUACAAUAAUAUCGGGCAAGCCAACGCGACCCGUAACCGUACCGAUUAUGCAAAAACAAUCAUCUGAAUCUUCGCCAGAGUCACUCCAAGAAUCUUUUCAUGAGGAUACUAAAUUGCACUAUGACCAGCAGCAGACAGACAUAGAGACAGAUGUAGAGUCCGAUAAAGAAUGA